UUCACUCCUUUUCCAAUUCGACUUCAAAUAUAGGAAAGUAAAAUAUACGUCGGAAUCAAACUGCGUUGAUUUAAACCUUUAACCAUUGUUAGGGUUUUAACUUUUUCAAUAAGGUUUUUUCACACCAAACCCAGAAUUCUAUUCCUAUAACGAAAAUAAAUAAAUAAAUAAAUAAUAUUCUACUGGCAUCCAUUAAUUUCCGUCCCAAUUUUUCAAAACCUAGUGAUCGAUUAACUUUCUGAAGCUUUUGGGUGAUUAGUGAUCUUUACAACCUAAUUAAUGGAAGCUAGAGUUGGGGUGGACGGCGGCUCCGCCACGAGGGAGUUUCUCCAUCACCACCAGACACGACCGCCCCCGCCCCCGCCCCCGCAGCAGCAGAUAUCGCAGAUUGGCACGGUGCCGCAGCUUCUUGCCGGUGGCAUUGCCGGCGCUUUUAGCAAGACGUGUACUGCUCCGCUAGCACGACUCACCAUUCUCUUUCAGGUUCAAGGCAUGCACUCAGAUGCUGCAGUGUUGAGCAAGCCUAGUAUCUGGCGUGAAGCAUUGCGUGUAGUGAAUGAAGAAGGUUUUAAAGCUUUCUGGAAAGGGAAUUUGGUCACAGUAGUUCACCGGCUUCCUUAUUCUUCAGUCAAUUUCUAUGCCUAUGAAAAAUACAAAAGUAUAUUAAAAACAGUUCCAGGCCUUGAUGGACAUGGUGGAAAUGCAAGUGCAGACGUUUUUGUGCAUUUUGUAGGUGGUGGCUUAGCUGGAAUAACUGCUGCUUCUGCCACGUAUCCGCUGGAUCUUAUCCGGACACGUCUCGCUGCACAGAGGAAUGCAAUGUACUAUAAGGGCAUAAGACAUGCAGUUUCUACCAUAUGCAAAGAUGAAGGUUUUCUUGGCUUGUACAAAGGAAUGGGUGCAACCUUAUUGGGCGUUGGACCCAGCAUAGCUAUAAGCUUUUCAGUUUACGAAAGUUUGCGAUAUAAUUGGCAAUCUCAAAGGCCCGACGAUUCUACAGUUUUGGUCAGCCUAGCUUGUGGCAGUCUUUCCGGCAUUGCAUCAUCAACAGCAACAUUUCCAUUGGACCUCGUUAGGCGAAGAAUGCAGUUGGAAGGUGCGGCUGGUAGAGCACGAGUGUAUGACAUGGGCAUAUUCGGAACAUUCCGGCACAUUAUACGUAGUGAAGGCUUGCGUGGUUUGUAUAGAGGGAUUAUGCCGGAAUACUACAAGGUUGUCCCAAGUGUAGGGAUCGUUUUCAUGACAUACGAAACUCUCAAGAAGCUUCUAUCGAACGGGCCUUCUUCCAGUUAGUUGCCACAUCUCCGAGAAAGCAACAAGGGUCUGUUUGGUUCAAGUAUAAGGCAGCUACUUAUCGGUAGAUAUUUUUCACCUGGUAAAAAAAAAAAAAAAAAAAAAAAAAAGAAAAAAAAUCCUCCUACUGUAAAUUAUCUACAUUGACAAAUUUAUAUUAGUUUCUUUCUUUCUAGGUUUAGGGGUUAGGGUCAUCAUAUUGAUGAUCCGAUCCCCUCACCGUAAAAUUUUGUAGUUGCCCGAUUUUGUUAAAUAAACUAAUAAUUUUUAUUAUUUUUACUGUGUGUAAGUUAUAAGUGGAUCAUUAAUUACUCGAUGUAUUUCAUCGGGUGCAGCCCGUACUACAUCCAUUCUUAUAAGAUGACAGGCAGGCAUAUAUUAUAUACAGCUGCAAAGAUAAGAGCAGAAAUAUUUCUUGCUAAUCUGAAGCUGCUGGUUUUUGGUGUUACUUGGAUAUGUUUGA